GCCACAGUCGGGAAACUGCAGGACAAUAUCCCCGCAACAAAAGCCGGGACAUGACAACGCUAGGGACCCGCACUAGCCAAGGCGCAAGCGUCUAGGCACCAGCGCGCAAGGCGCAACCCAGAGCAACAGCCCUGCCCAUCGCACACCACCUCACAAAACCUUCCUGUGUAUCUGCCUGCCCACUUAACUUUCUACGUGCCUGCCUGCCCGCGAAACUUCCUGAGUGCCUGCCUGUCCCGCCCCACGCCCGCUUUCUGGCCAGCCGCUGGUCCGGCCCGCGUUCUUGCACCCACACAAGAACGACGGGGAUAUGCUGAACCUCAGCCACCUGGACGUCAAGCGGGAGGAGCUUGAGCCAAUAUUCAAACGGGAGGGCGUGGAGCUGGUCACCACGUGGACGACUGGUGUUGAUGGUCCCAAAGAGGAGGCUCUGGCGGCGGUAGUCCGCUUCUACCACGACCACUUUGACCUGUUCAUGGAGGCGCUGGGCGGGCCGGAGCAUAAGCCCGCGGCCAUGGUGAAGCCCGCCUACCGCCCACCGGAGCCUGUGGCUACGAACCGGCCAGCGGUUCCCCCGUUGAAGGACCUAUUUCGCGGCGGAGGGCUGUGAUGGCGGUUGUGGUGUGGAUGGCGUGCUGCACUAGUUUACGGCAUGUGCUGUGUGCGGACUGUGUGGGGCAUCCGAGUGUUUUGAGGAGGGCAUGAAGGUGGGGUGUGACCGUGCCAGUAUGGCCAAGGCUAAUUACAGUGUCUGGGCUGUACAUCACGUCCCAGCCUGCGUCGCGGAGAGCGGCCACAAGGUCUUCGUGUUGUUGCAGCUUCUCUGCGCGUUUGUCCGGGUGGUUUAGGUCCGAGCAGUAUCCGACUUCUAUGACGUAGACCUUAUGAGCGCUCCUUUGUCGGCGUGUGCGGGGUGCACGGGCUGGCAGUCCGGGCCUGUGCAUCCGGAGUGUGGGAAUGACCAGCAGGUCUGGACGGAACUUCUUGCGCACGCUCUCUGGCGUGCUGGGGAGCAUCCACGCAGGAAUGCGGGUUCCCCCGCUGUAAGUGGGGGCAUCCUUACCGGCGUCCAUGUACAUAACGCAGCCUCCAUAGUGGCCCUGACUAAUUGCUUUCGCUAUCCGCUGGACAGCGCGGUUGUGACGCGCAAUGUAGGCUGCUUUCAUGCGUGGGUGGGUGCAGCCGCCCAGGGUGUGCGUGCCACCGUCGUCGCCGCGGCACAGGGGGCAUUCGCCGCCUGCGCAGCCGGGCAUGGGGUGUUUUACUCUUGCGGCCCGCUUGGCAUUCCAGGAGAGGCCCCAGCGGUAUUUGAACGCGCAGCGGGCCUCUUCAAAUGAGAACUUGUCGAACAGGUUUAGGCCGUAGCGUUCGUCGAUGUGCUUCCUCGCUGCCUCCCAUAGUUCCGCGUACAGUCCUGAUUUGGUAUAACCGGUCGCGGUGGAUUUACGGGCCAUUUUCUUCAGGUCGCGAUUGAGGUCGUUGGCGUAGCGUAACCGUUCUUCCAAAUUGCCAUUGUGCUCCACAGUUUCCUUCUGGGCAAUCCAUCCCUCUAAGGGUUCAUAUGGGUGCGAGUAUAGAGUUUCUGUCGCAUCCGGCUGCACUGUUCUGGUGGCCACAGCCUGUGCCGCUUCAUCCGCUUUCUGAUUUCCUACGCAUGUGUCUGUCUGGUGCGACCUUACGUGAUAAAAUGAUGUCUUGUGUCCAGCUAGGGCACGUUCCGCAAGUUGGUCGACUAUGGUCCCAAACAUCUCGCGGUGCUUGCUUACGUGGAGUGACUCGGGCUCCAUAAUGGCGCGGCGGAGGAUGAACAGACUGACAAGACUGUCGGUGUAGACCCGUAGGUGAGGUGUGUCUCGAUGGAGGCGGAGCGCCGUGCGUAUGGCGGAUGAUUCACACCGAAGGAUGGUGCUCAGGGGUGUGUUGAAGGCGAUGUCUUCAUCAAUGUGCGUGGCGCGGUUGUCGCUGGCGUCCCAGACCGCCGCUCCCAGGCCCGUGUACUCUUGUGUGUGUGGUACUUUGCUCCCGUCGGUAAAGACCGCAGAGCCUCGUGUGUGUGCGAGCGGGACAUAAGCGCGGUAGAGGGUUGCAAGCUCCGUGGGGGAUGGUAGAGUGGGGGCAUCGCGAGGGGGCUGGGGCUGGGGCGUCUGGCUGCUCUGGGCAAGGAUGCGCCGUUUUAACUUCCGGGGGGUUGGGGGCCACGGGUUGGGUGUGUCUGGGUCCGUGGGGGGUUUACGGGUAGCUAGGUGCGGGGUGUGCCCGAGCGCGUCCGCUAGGGCAAGUGCAAGCCCACUUUCCAGGGCCUGAUUGAGGAGGAGGCGGCCCCUUUCGUUUGUCACGCACAGGAGGUGGAGUCCACGUCGGUGAGCGGGGAGCUCCUGCGGCUGGCCUAGGCCUGAGGCCAGGCCUGCCCAGGCGUGCGCCGGUUUGAUGUGCCCCAGGUCGUGGACCAGUGGGUGCUGGAGCCAGGCUGUGUAGCCGCUGGUUUCGCCGUAGGGGACAACCACGACAGAUAGGUGCGGUGUGUGCGGUGUUGCCGCCUCGGCGCUGGCGACCGCCCACGCCAUGGCCAGGCUGGUGUGUUCGGGUUGUGGGGGUGGGUGAACGAAGGAGAUUCCAUCUAGCGUGCGGCUGUAGCAGUCAUGGGCGGCCCCGAACUCUGAAUCUUGCGGGUGGGUAGUGUAGUAUGCCGGGAUGUCGCAGUGGGCGUUGAGGGGAGAUGCGAAUGCCUCCGUCUGGAACUUGAUAUGGGACGUGAGAGUGGACAUUAGGUCGGGGCAGAGGGUGACCUCGUGCGCUGGGUUGGUGGAACUCUCCUUGUGGCGUUUGCUGGGGCGGUACCGUAUAAUCAGGGAGGCCAGGGCGGCAGCGAACCUUUCCGGGGGGUGAGUGGGGUUAAGGGUCCUGUACCGGGCGUGGAGUAGGGCAAGUCGGGCAGCGCUAACGGUUCCUAUGCAGCGUCCGUCCGGGCCGUAGACCCUAGCGGGGGGGUCGGGGUCUUGGGGGGGGCCGGACGGCGUGCCUGUGGCGCUGCCCGGCUCACGUGUGCCCACUUGAAUACAGUAUUGACCUGUCGGGUGGAUGUCUGUGUCCGGGUUACAGGAUUUGACGUCGAUGGUGCUGCACCGGAGGAUCGCACGUUUGCGUGCGGCUUCGCUGGGUGCUGGGUCUCGCCAUCUCCCCUGGCGCUGCUUACUGGUGAGGUGAUUGUCGAGGGCGGGAGGCGGGGUAGGGUCAGGGGGCGCGUCUACGGCUUGGGCAAGAGUGUAGCGGGCCAGGGCGGCCGCCCACCCGGGGUUUUCGGAGAGUGAGGAGAGGGGGUCUUCCGUUUCAGCCCAGUGCACUUGGACCAUGAAGCGCCGGAUGCCUUGCCCCCAUAGUCGGCACGGGGGUUUGGUUGUGCUAGUGGCGUUGUAGUUCUGUAGCUCGUAGGCUCGGAGGAUGCCGUUUGUGGUCAGGGUGGGUUGCCACAGAACCCUAUAGCGACAG